AUGAUCAAUGUGGAAGACCCUUUGGAAGUUGUAUUGCUAAACCGUGAGGAUGAUGAAAAGGAAGGCUUGGUUGAAUAUGCAAAAACGUUGCAAGGAAUGAGAUCCUACUCAUAUGGGCCACGUAAACUUUCAUUGGACUUGGAAAACCGGAAGACUCCACCAACAAAGCCCUCAAUCGAGGAGCCACCAACAUUGGAGUUGAAACCUUUUCCUUCACACCUCAGAAGUAAAAAGGCAAUUGGAUGGACAUUGGCUGACAUUCGAGGUAUAAGCCCUGCCUUUUGCAUGCACAAAAUUAUACUAGUGAAUGAUGCCAACCCCUCCAUAGAACAUCAAAGGAGGUUGAACGAGGCUAUGCAAGAGGUCAUCAAGAAGGACAUUGUCAAGUGGUAUGAUGUAGGGGUUGUGUACCCUAUUUCGGAUAGCUCAUGGACUUCACUGGUCGUCAAGAAGGAAAUUUUGAAGUGGCUUGAUGCAGGGGUUGUGUACCCUAUUUCGGAUAGCUCAUGGACUUCACUGGUACAAUGUGUGCUGAAGAAGGGGGGUAUGACUGUGGUCACAAAUGAGAAAAAUGAGUUGAUCCCCACUCGUACUGUCACCAUAUGGAGGGUAUGUAUGGACUACAGAAAGCUGAACAAAGUGACCCGCAAAUACCACUUUCCAUUGCCCUUUCUUGAUCAAAUGUUGGACAGACUUGCCGGGCGUGCCUUCUAUUGCUUUUUGGAUGGGUACUCAGGAUACAACCAGAUUCUCAUUGCAUCGGAGGACCAAGAGAAAACCACCUUCACAUGUCCAUAUGGCACAUUUGCAUUCUCACGGAUGCCGUUUGGUUUGUGUAAUACACCGGCUACCUUUCAGUGGUGUAUGAUGGCAAUAUUUACGGAUAUGGUGGAGGACGUCCUCGAAGUGUUCAUGGAUGAUUUUAGUGUUGGGGGGGACUCAUUUGAAGAAUGCUUGGAUAAUCUUGACAAAGUGUUGGCCCGAUGUGAAGAGACCAACCUAGUGCUUAAUUGGGAAAAAUGCCACUUUAUGGUUGAGGAGGGCAUUUUCCUCGGCCAUAAGAUCUCAAAGGACGGUAUUGAAGUGGAAAAAGCAAAGAUUGAAGUUAUUUCAAAACUCCCUCCUCCUACUUCCGUCAAGGGAGUUAGGAGCUUUCUUGGGCACGCGAGGUUCUACCGAAGGUUCAUUAAGGAUUUCUCAGAAUUGUUUAUGCAGUACAGGACUGUUGCUGGAAAAAUUUGCCUAAGAGUAGGGAAUUACGCGUACCGCGCUCAAAAUUUUGCGGUCAGCGAGAGCUUUUCGCGAGGGCGUAUAUUGUCAGCGGGCGCAAAUUUGCAAAGUCCAGAAUAUCAACUCUCUGAAGUUGUAUUUGCGUCCGUGUUCAUAAUUUCGCGGUCCGCAUUGAUAUUACGCGGCCGCGCCCGUUAUUCCGCUCUCAGCGGACCUGUUUCAGAAAAGUUUCUUCUAAAGGUAAAAAGCGCGGACGCGGUGGAAUUACGCGGACCGCGCUCAGGUGACCUCUGGGGUUGGUAUAAAUAG